AUGACGGAGACUGAGAGCGCCCCAGCCGCCGCUCCUCCAGCGGAGGCCGCCGCCAAGAAGAAGCCGGCUAAGAAGGCGUCAGCGGAGGAGGAGGAGCCAAGAAAGGCAUCAAGAAGGCGUCCGGUCCCGCCGUGUCCGAGCUCCUCGUCCAAGCCGUGUCCGCUUCCAAGGAGCGCAGCGGGGUGUCCCUGGCCGCCCUGA